CACUCUUUGCUAAUUUUACAAAAAGAUGGCAAAUUUUAAAAAACAAUGUCCAAGGAUUGACUCUAAAAUCCUUAUCAACCACUCGGUGGGAAAGUCGUGUGGAAAGUGUCAAAGCAAUAAGAUUUCAAAUAAGUGACAUUCGAGAAGCAUUGCUAGAAUUGGCCGAGACAGACAAUGAUUCUAAAAUACAAAGUGAAGCUAGAUCCUUAGCUACAAAUGAUCUUUGUAAUUUUGAAUUUUUGCUUGCUACAGUUAUUUGGUAUGAAAUAUUAUAUGCUGUUAAUUUGGUGAGCAAAAAUCUACAAGCAAAAGAUAUGCUUCUUGAUGUUGCUAUUGUUGAAGUCAAAAGGCUAAUUUCUUUUUUUGAGAAGUAUAGAGAAACUGGUUUUUCUAGUGCUAUGCAUGUGGCUAAAGAAAUAGCCAGUGAAUUGGAAGUUGAACCAGUGUUUCCUCAGAAGCGUGUAAUUCGCAGAAAAAAACAAUUUGAUGAGAGUGUUGGUGAAUCUUCUGUAUCAUCCACAUCAACACCAGAAGAGCUGUUCAGAGUGGAAUACUUUGUCUACAUAGUUGAUCAAUCUAUUGGCUCAUUGACACGGAGAUUUGGAGUCAUCUUGCACUCAUUUACAAACAGUACUGCAGAGGGAUGGGCAAUGCAGCGAUGUUGAUGGCCACGAUUUGUAUAUUGAGCUGAAGUUGCUUAGAGAGAUUUUGCCAAAGGAAAAGAUAGGGGC